AUGGCUCGAUCAGUCGAAGCUGCUCUAGUUGCUCUAGAAGAGGCUACUAACUUUACUGUACGCACUCCGUGGGACGAGCCAUGGAGUGCACUGGCUAGCAUACAGGAGCAAGAUCGCGACACCUACGUAAACUGGCUGCAAUCGAUGCCAGCUCUCUCCCCUCAAACAUGGAGCGCCAUUCGCUGGAAUUGGAUUGCUUUUCUCUCAGCUACCAGUACCGAACCAAGCAUCGAUCUAGCUCCAAACCGGAAAACAGUUCAGUUCAUCAGAGCCUCUCCCCAGCAGCAGAAUCAGCAACGCUUUGACAAUGACCGAAGGCUGCGUUGCGCUAUUCAGGUUUCCAUUUGGCGGCUUUUCGACGAGCUCGAAGGUCUCACUGAGAGAUGGCCUUGUCAGGCACGCUUGGUUCUCAAUCGUCUACCCAUCUCGACCUCGACUCGACCUUUCCAGACCUUAGCGGCAAAGUUCAAUUUCGCCCGACGCCGCCGAUUCAAUGCCGUCUGGACGGCCCUGCUGUGCUUCCUGGUACAUACUGCUGAUGACAACGGUGCUUUGGAAGAGAUGGGAUUACAUUUGAGUGAUGACACAUGGGACGACAUCCUGGAUAUCAAGUCAGCCCAUCUCUACCCCCGGUAUCCGGAGAUGAUACAGGACGCGUUGUAG